UUAUGGGCAUGGAAUUGGAGAACAGAAAGGCUUAGCCUAAGAAUCUGGCCUGCCAGAGAAGGACCCAUAGGGUACUUGGAGGAGCCUGGCUAGGAGGGGCCUGAGUUGGGUAGAGUGGGGCGGUAGAGCCCUGGGAGACCCGCCCCUUGAACACAUCUCCGGGCCUCAGCACUCAGGACAGUGUGUACAUCUGGACAGCUGGUGGGAGCAUGAACAGCUCACAGAUGGGAGCUGCGGCCAAGGCUGCCUGGCUGAGCUGCUGUAACCAGUCUGGGUUGCCACUCCAGCCGCCCGAGGGGCCACGACUGGUGCAGGCGGUCAUACUGGGCGUGUUGUCACUUCUGGUGAUCUGCGGGAUCCUGUUCCUGGGUGGUGGACUCCUCCUCCGAGCGCAGGGCCUGAUAGCACCACCGACUCAGGAAAGGCACGCAUCCCCCGAGGCCGAGCCUGGUGCCUGUGGAGGGGAUGACUCCUAGGUGUCAGCCUGUCCACCUCUCCACAGAGAGGCUCAGCCC